AUGCCAAGGAGACGAAGAACAAAAGAUGUGAAUCGUCCAGAGUUACACAUUGUUAAUUAUCUUGAUCAACCUAAUUAUGCUUCACGAAUGUUAAUAUGCGAUCAUUAUAUGCCACCGGAUCCAUAUAAUCCAAUUGUGGAGGGGCAUUUGCGGGAGACUGGAUUUUAUUACGUUUCGCAGAUUGGAGUUGUCCAAUGUCAAUCGGCAUUGGUUAAUGCUCUGAUCGAGAGAUGGUGGCCCGAGACGCAUACUUUUCAUUUUCUAAUUGGCGAGUGUUCCGUGACGUUGGAGGAUGUGGCGGUAAUUUUUGGGCUUCCGACAAAUGGUCUUCCAAUUACAGGACCGACUAUGAGUAGUUAUGAGGCUUUAGAGGUCGAAUGCCUCCAUCAUUUUGGUGUUGCACCCAGGAAGACAGAAUGUAGAGGAAGUUUUGUAAAGUUGACUUGGUUUCGGAGACUAAAAGAACAUAUAGUCUUAGAUAAUAAUAUUCAGGUUCAGAGGUAUGUAAAGUGUCACAUAAUGUUAUUAUUUGGGACCAUUAUGUUUGGGGACAAGUCUGCGGCAGGAGUGCACUGGAAAUUUCUGCCGUUGCUCCGUAACUUCGGCGGGAUUAGAGAAUUUAGUUGGGGUUCGGCAUGUUUGGCGCACUUGUAUAGAGCAUUGUGUAGGGCUACUCGUGUCAACUGCAAGGAGAUUGAUGGACCGCUGACCCUUCUGCUUACCUGGGCUUGGAUUCGUUUACCAUUUCUCUCGCCUAUACCAGGCAAUCCUCGAGUCUUUUCGCUUGCUAAUAGAUGGCGUAAUUGGGACCGUGAUGAACGGACUUAUAGAUAUCAUUCUCUGGCGCACUAUAGGAGGGUAUUGGACGAUCUGCAGGAAGGACAAUUUGUUUGGGAGGCUUAUGCAGUUGAGCGCAUUGAGGCGGGUCUGAUUCCGGCUGACAUCCUCCACCACUCGGUUAUUUGGAGUGCAACCGUGCCGCUGAUCUCUUUUGAAUGCAUUGAGUGGCAUGCGUCUGAUAGGUUGAGGAGACAGUUUGGUUUGAGUCAGGGUGUGCCUCAGCAAGAGCGGAACCUAGGUCAUGCACAUGGCGAGGUGUUGACUGGACCUAAGCAAGAGACAGUUUGGUUUGCGUCUCGUUCUUUUAGAUAG